CUAUUCAUUUUCCCACUGGUUAAUCGAACAACGACGACAAUAACAACUAUAAUAAUGGCUUGCCCUCUUCCCGGUGAAAAACCCGCCAUCCAUCGUUGGGCAUCUUUCGUCAAAUCCCACCCCCCCAACUCCAUUAAUUAAGUUUUAGGUGCGGAAUUGCACGCAUCGAGGGCUUGCGUGCCGGGGUGGUGGCAUCUUGGGACAUUGCGUCCGGAAUCCCUUGUCGUGCUCAUUCCCCGGCAGCUUGGCUUUAUUAGAUGAUGCUGAGCCCACCCUGAGUUGGGAGGCGAGUCUGGCUGGUUUUAUUGCCAUUGAGCUCUAACGGUCGUGUAGCCGAUGCUUGGUGAAUUUUCUCUGCAUGAGGCCCCGUUCGAGAAUCGGGUUCUUCUUCUCUUCUUCGUUCUUGAGUUCCGGAGCUGCUUAACUUUAAGUGCUGCUGCUGCUGCUUCUUUUUUUUUUCUUUCUUUUCUUUUUUUUUCUUCUUUGUCACAUUUUCUCUCUCUUUCCUUUCUUCCGUUCUUUUUUUUUCCUCCUUUGUUUCCCCCCCUGUUUUCUGCUGAACUAGUUUGGACGGAAAAUUUCUGUUGUAGAACGGUGAGCGGACGAAUGGGUCUCCUGCUGUUUUCCUUUGUAGGCCUCUUCUUCUUCCUCUUCUCUUCCCUUUUUUUUAACUAAUUUCUGACCUUUGAUUUGUGGUAUAUGUUGCGAAAAAUACAAUUAUCGUUUUCAUAUUCUUCUCUUGCUUCUUCUUCUUCUUCAGAUACUUGAGGGGCUUGCGGUUGCUCAUACAUUUUCUGCUCUUGUCAGUUUUCUGAAUUGUUUCCAUGUACUCCUUUUUUCAAACUUAAUUUGUUUCCAAUUUUCCGCUCGAGAAAGGAAUUCGUGAUCUUUCCAUUCGAUAUAAACUUCAUUUCAAAAUAAAUAAUUCAUAAUCCUGGCAUUUCUUUGUUUCAUUUCUCUAUGUGACUGGGGGAGUUGGGGGGGGCAAGAACACUGGGAUAUUAUUUAGAUACCGGCGUGAGCGAAUAAUUAAUCCCCCAUGCAUCUCUCGACAGGACCUUCAAAAAAUUCUUGGCAGCCAGCCAUGACCGCUGAUACCACCAAACCGGAUUAUUGGCUAAACUGGAGAGUUUUACUGUGUGGAAUAUGGGUGCUGUCUUGCAUGAUCAUAGCAUCCAUUCUGAUAUGGAAAUAUGAAGGUUCCAACACGGAGAGAGAAGAAAGAGCAGAGACUCAACAGGAAACCCUGGGAACCUUGUACAAGGACGAGUCCUGGAGGCCUUGUCUUAAGGAAAUCCAUCCUGCUUGGCUGCUGGCUUUUCGGGUUAUAGCGUUUUUCAUACUUCUGGCAUUGCUCGUCCUCAAUGCCAUUGUGGAUGGAGCUGACAUCUUCUACUACUACACUCAGUGGACAUUUGUGCUGGUUACCGCCUAUUUCGGGCUUGGUUCGCUGCUAUCUAUUUAUGGGUGCCAUCAAUAUCUCAAUAAAGCUGGUGGGGAUAAGCUGGACCUUGUAAGGCCAGAUGCAGAACGUGGCACAUAUAUGGCUUCCAGAAUUGAGGACAAUUCAAGCGCGCGUGACUCGGUGAAAAUCUCUGGCUUCCAAGAAGGAGACAACAUUUGGGAAAUCGCUGGAUUUUGGGGUUAUCUAUUUCAAAUCAUCUAUCAGACAAAUGCAGGUGCUGUGAUGCUCACUGAUUGUGUCUUUUGGCUCAUCAUUUUUCCCUUUCUUGCCAUCAAAGAUUAUAGCCUAAAUUUUUUGCUGAUUGGCAUGCAUUCAGUCAAUGCAGUUUUCUUAAUUGGCGAUACUGCCUUGAAUAGUUUGCGUUUCCCCUGGUUCCGGAUUGCAUACUUCCUACUUUGGACAGCAACAUAUGUCAUCUUUCAGUGGGUGGUCCAUGCUUGUAUCUCGAUCCGGUGGCCUUAUCCAUUUCUUGAUUUGUCGUCACCUCAUGCCCCUAUAUGGUAUUUUAUGGUGGCAUUGAUGCAUAUCCCUUGCUAUGCUGUAUUCCCAUUGAUUAUAAAGUUGAAGCAUACUCUGCUAUCCAGAUGGUUUCCUCAGUCCUAUCAUGAAAUGAGGUAAGCCAACAUGAAUCAGUAUUAUCUACUGUGGCUUCAUUCCUCACAGUGGCUUGCAAAGGUACAGCCGUUCCUCGGCUAGUUGGCCCUUCAAAACAGUUAUAUCCAUGUUGGCUGGUGGGAGCCCCAAACAAGCAGGAGAGCAGUUAAAAUCAAACUGAAGAGCUAUUGGUCGAUUAUCCCUGCAUCAGUGGUAUAGAUGCAUGCAAAAAAGCUUUCCGUUUGUCUUCGAGUUGGGAGUUUUGUAUUGGAAUAUCCAUAUAGCGAGCUUAUAAUUUUUUUUUCCAAUCCUCCCUUUGUUCGGUGCAUGUUGCACCAGAGGGCUCGGUAUUGAUAACAAAUCUCGCAAACUUCUAUUUACCUGACUAAUCAAUUGGCAUUCCUAUUUCAGAUGGCUAA